AUGGGUUAUAAUAUCAAAAUUUUUAUCUAUCUAUCUAUCUAUCUAUCUAUCUAUCUUCUUAGUAUAUAUUGGUUUGUUUUGUUUUACGUCAUAUCAACCUCAAUGGGUUAUCUAAUACUGACAAAAUUUUUAUUGCUGGAUAUCUAUCUAUCUAUCUAUCUAUCUAUCUAUAUCUUAUAUAUAUUGGUUUGUUUUGUUUUACGUCAUAUCAACCUCAAUGGGUUAUCUAAUACUGACAAAAUUUUUAUUGCUGGUAAUAUCUAUCUAUCUAUCUAUCUAUCUAUCUUAUAUAUAUUGGUUUGUUUUGUUUUACGUCAUAUCAACCUCAAUGGGUUAUCUAAACUGACAAAAUUUUUAUUGCUGGUAAUAUCUAUCUAUCUAUCUAUCUAUCUAUCUAUCUAUCUAUCUAUCUUAUAUAUAUUGGUUUGUUUUGUUUUACGUCAUAUCAACCUCAAUGGGUUAUCUAAUACUGACAAAAUUUUUAUUGCUGGUAAUAUCUAUCUAUCUAUCUAUCUAUCUAUCUAUCUAUCUUAG